AUGGCGGCGGAGCCGGGAGCCUGGCGACUCCUCAGCACCUCCUUCUUCUGGCUCUGCUGCCUGCUGCUGCUCGGGCGCCGGGCGCCAGGCGUCGCGGCCGCCAGGAGCGGCUCCCCGCCGCAGUCCUCAGGAUCCAGCAUUCGGACAUUCACUCCAUUUUAUUUUUUGGUGGAACCAGUGGAUACACUCUCUGUUAGAGGCUCUUCUGUUAUAUUAAACUGUUCAGCAUAUUCUGAGCCUUCUCCAAAAAUUGAAUGGAAAAAAGAUGGAACUCUUUUAAACUUAGUGUCAGAUGAUCGACGCCAGCUUCUCGCAGAUGGGUCUUUGUUUAUCAGCAGUGUGGUGCAUUCCAAACACAACAAACCUGAUGAAGGUUAUUACCAGUGUGUAGCCACUGUUGAGAGUCUUGGAACUAUUGUCAGCAGAACAGCCAAGCUCACGGUAGCAGGUCUUCCAAGAUUUGCCAGCCAACCAGAGCCUUCUUCAGUUUAUGUUGGGAACAGUGCAGUUCUGAAUUGUGAAGUUAAUGCAGAUUUGGUCCCGUUUAUGAGGUGGGAACAGAACAAACAGCCUCUUCUUCUGGAUGAUAGAGUUAUCAAACUUCCAAGUGGAAUGCUAGUUAUCAGCAACGCAACUGAAGGAGAUGGGGGACUCUAUCGCUGCAUGGUUGAAAGUGGUGGGCCACCAAAGUAUAGUGAGGAAGCUGAAUUAAAAGUUCUUCCAGAUCCUGGUGCCACAUCAAACUUGGUAUUUUUGAAACAACCUUCUUCCUUAAUCAGAGUCAUUGGUCAGAGUGCAGUGUUGCCAUGUGUUGCUUCAGGACUUCCUACUCCAACCAUUAGAUGGAUGAAAAAUGAGGAGACAGUUGACACAGAAAGCUCUGGAAGGUUGGUAUUGCUGGCAGGUGGUAGUCUGGAGAUCAGUGAUGUCACCGAGGAUGAUGCUGGGACUUAUUUUUGUAUAGCUGAUAAUGGAAAUGAGACCAUUGAAGCUCAAGCAGAGCUUACAGUACAAGCCCAACCUGAAUUCCUGAAGCAGCCUACCAAUAUAUAUGCUCAUGAAUCUAUGGAUAUUGUGUUUGAAUGUGAAGUCACUGGAAAGCCAACUCCUACCGUGAAAUGGGUCAAGAAUGGGGAUAUGGUCAUCCCAAGUGAUUACUUUAAGAUUGUAAAGGAACAUAAUCUUCAAGUUUUGGGUCUGGUGAAAUCAGAUGAAGGGUUCUAUCAAUGCAUUGCUGAAAAUGAUGUUGGAAAUGCACAAGCUGGAGCCCAGCUGAUAAUCCUUGAACAUGAUGUUGCCAUCCCAACAUUACCUCCCACUUCACUGACCAGUGCCACUACUGACCAUCUAGCACCAGCCACAACUGGACCACUGCCUUCAGCUCCACGGGAUGUCGUGGCCUCCCUGGUCUCUACCCGCUUCAUCAAACUGACAUGGCGGACACCUGCGUCAGACCCUCAUGGGGACAACCUUACCUACUCUGUCUUCUACACCAAGGAGGGGAUUGCGAGGGAACGUGUUGAGAAUACCAGUCGCCCAGGAGAAAUGCAGGUGACCAUUCAAAACCUAAUGCCAGCCACAGUGUACAUCUUUAGAGUUAUGGCUCAAAAUAAGCAUGGCUCUGGAGAGAGUUCAGCUCCACUACGGGUAGAAACACAACCUGAGGUUCAGCUCCCUGGCCCAGCACCUAACAUCCGAGCAUAUGCAACUUCACCUACUUCCAUCACUGUCACCUGGGAAACACCGUUGUCUGGAAAUGGGGAAAUUCAGAAUUACAAACUGUACUACAUGGAAAAAGGGACUGAUAAAGAACAGGAUGUUGAUGUUUCGAGUCACUCCCACACCAUUAACGGAUUGAAAAAAUACACAGAGUAUAGUUUCCGAGUGGUGGCCUACAAUAAACAUGGCCCUGGAGUCUCCACGCAAGAUGUUGCUGUUCGAACUUUUUCAGAUGUUCCCAGUGCUGCUCCUCAGAAUCUGUCUUUAGAAGUAAGAAAUUCAAAGAGUAUUGUGAUUCACUGGCAGCCACCUCCUCCAGCUGCACAAAAUGGACAGAUUACUGGCUACAAGGUUCGCUACCGAAAGGCUUCCCGGAAGAGUGAUGUCACUGAGACCUUGGUGUCUGGGACACAGCUGUCACAGCUGAUUGAAGGUCUUGAUCGGGGAACCGAAUAUAAUUUCCGAGUGGCUGCUCUAACAGUCAAUGGUACAGGCCCAGCUACUGACUGGCUGUCAGCUGAAACUUUUGAAAGUGACUUAGAUGAAACUCGUGUUCCAGAAGUGCCUAGUUCUCUUCACGUCCGCCCCCUGGUCACUAGCAUCGUAGUAAGCUGGACACCUCCAGAGAAUCAAAACAUUGUGGUCAGAGGUUAUGCCAUUGGUUAUGGCAUUGGCAGCCCUCAUGCCCAGACCAUAAAAGUAGACUAUAAACAGCGCUAUUAUACCAUCGAAAAUCUGGAUCCCAGCUCUCAUUAUGUGAUUACCCUGAAAGCGUUUAACAACGUAGGUGAAGGUAUCCCCUUGUACGAGAGUGCUGUGACCAGACCUCACACAGACACUUCUGAAGUUGAUUUGUUUGUUAUUAAUGCUCCAUACACUCCAGUGCCAGAUCCCACUCCCAUGAUGCCACCAGUGGGAGUUCAGGCUUCCAUUCUGAGCCAUGACACCAUAAGGAUUACCUGGGCGGACAACUCCCUGCCCAAACACCAGAAGAUUACAGACUCCCGGUACUACACAGUCCGAUGGAAAACCAACAUCCCAGCAAACACCAAGUACAAGAAUGCUAAUGCAACGACUUUGAGUUAUUUGGUGACUGGUUUAAAACCAAAUACACUCUAUGAAUUCUCUGUGAUGGUGACCAAAGGUCGAAGGUCAAGCACAUGGAGCAUGACAGCCCACGGGACUACGUUUGAAUUAGUUCCUACUUCUCCACCCAAGGAUGUGACAGUUGUGAGUAAAGAGGGAAAACCUAGGACCAUAAUUGUAAAUUGGCAGCCUCCCUCUGAAGCCAAUGGCAAGAUUACAGGUUACAUCAUAUAUUACAGCACGGAUGUGAAUGCAGAGAUACAUGACUGGGUUAUUGAGCCUGUUGUGGGAAACAGGCUGACUCACCAGAUACAAGAAUUAACACUUGACACACCAUACUACUUCAAAAUCCAAGCCCGGAACUCAAAGGGCAUGGGGCCCAUGUCUGAAGCUGUCCAGUUCAGAACACCCAAAGCGGACUCCUCUGAUAAAAUGGCUAAUGAUCAAGCCUCGGGGUCUGCAGGGAAAGGAAGCCGGCUGCCAGACCUGGGAUCCGACUACAAACCUCCAAUGAGCGGCAGUAACAGCCCUCAUGGAAGCCCCACCUCUCCUCUAGACAGUAACAUGCUGCUGGUCAUCAUCGUUUCCGUCGGCGUCAUCACCAUCGUGGUGGUCGUGAUCAUCGCUGUUUUCUGCACCCGGCGGACUACCUCUCACCAGAAAAAGAAACGAGCUGCUUGCAAAUCAGUGAAUGGCUCCCACAAGUAUAAAGGGAACUCCAAAGAUGUCAAACCCCCAGACCUCUGGAUCCAUCACGAGAGACUGGAGCUCAAACCCAUCGAUAAGUCUCCAGAUCCAAACCCCAUCAUGACCGAUACACCAAUUCCUCGUAAUUCUCAAGAUAUCACACCAGUUGACAAUUCCAUGGACAGCAAUAUCCAUCAAAGGCGGAAUUCAUAUAGAGGGCAUGAAUCAGAGGACAGCAUGUCUACACUGGCAGGAAGGCGGGGAAUGAGACCAAAAAUGAUGAUGCCCUUUGACUCCCAGCCACCCCAGCCUGUGAUUAGUGCCCAUCCCAUCCAUUCCCUCGAUAACCCUCACCAUCAUUUCCACUCCAGCAGCCUCGCUUCUCCAGCUCGCAGUCAUCUCUACCACCCGGGCAGCCCAUGGCCCAUUGGCACAUCCAUGUCCCUUUCAGACAGGGCCAAUUCCACAGAAUCUGUUCGAAACACCCCAAGCACUGACACCAUGCCAGCCUCCUCGUCUCAAACAUGCUGUACUGAUCACCAGGAUCCUGAAGGUGCUACCAGCUCCUCUUACUUGGCCAGCUCCCAAGAGGAAGAUUCAGGCCAGAGUCUCCCUACAGCCCAUGUUCGCCCUUCCCACCCACUGAAGAGCUUUGCUGUGCCCGCGAUCCCACCCCCCGGGCCUCCCACCUACGAUCCAGCGUUGCCAAGCACACCGUUACUCUCCCAGCAAGCUCUGAAUCAUCACAUUCACGCGGUGAAGACGGCCUCCAUCGGGACUUUAGGAAGGAGCCGGCCUCCUAUGCCAGUGGUGGUUCCCAGUGCCCCUGAAGUUCAGGAGACCACAAGGAUGCUGGAAGACUCCGAGAGCAGCUAUGAGCCAGAUGAGCUGACCAAAGAGAUGGCCCACCUGGAAGGACUGAUGAAGGACCUAAAUGCCAUCACGACAGCGUGA